AUGAAGAGUUUCUCUCCCAUCCCAGCCUGUCACGGGCCGAUUUCCCUACCACCGUCAGUUCAAACAGUCCACUGUAAGAUUAGCUAUCUGUACCCUAACAUAACAGAUUGGGCACAGGGUUCAGUAGAAACUCAAAAGAACUACCUGCCCUGUUUCAUGGAUGGAUCGAGGAAAGACUCAACUAGUUUAACGGGUGCAGGAGUCUAUAUAGAGAACCUAAAUAUAGAAUUAAGCAUACCAUUAGUUAAACAUGCUACAGUAUUUCAAGCAGAGGUGUUUGCUUUACUUUCUGCAGCCGCCUGUCUAGAAGUUACUAACAGCGAGAAUGCUGGCGUCACUAUAUAUUCGGAUAUUCAGUGGGCACUACAAGCAUUGGAGUCUCCCAAAGAAAUUAAAGACAAUGAAAAAGCAGAUGCUCUUGCAAGGAAAGCAGGAGAAUUUACUAUUGUAGGUACAGAACCUGCAAUAGUAAUAUCCAAAAAACAUCAGCGGAAAGAAGACCUUGGAUUUUGGAAAAGAGCAGUUAAAGAAUGGAGGGAAUAGGCAAGCCCUCUGGAAGACGGUCCUCUAAGGAAGAGUAGCACAAAGGAAGAAGCAACACCCCUUUUAAUCUCCCUUUCAGAUGUUCCCGGUGACGUAAGAGUUGCAACACGGCCGGUUGACUCACCCCAGUCUGCUUACACUACGGCGCAACUCUAG